GACGAUGUACAACUAUUUAUUCCAUCCGAAUAUCGUAAUUCAAAUGAACGAAAUAAGGUACUUUAUAAUAAAAAAACACAGCAACAAAAACAACGACAAGAUGAACAAAGAUACAAUAGAAAUGAUUACAACGCUUGGCCUUCUGUGAAUUCUAAUGUAACAACAUUAGCACCACUUUCUCCUUCAUAUCAAAAUCUAAAUGAAACGAUAAAAUCAUUAAGUAAUGCGUUAAAUACACUAAAACAAAACUAUCUACAAGAACAACAAAAAAUUGAACAAAAAUACAAAGAGCAUUUAAAUGGAAUAAAUCAGGGAUGGCUAAUAAUACAACAACAAAUGCAAACUCAAGCGCAAAUUCUCUCUACUAUGCAUAACGCAAUAAAUCAAACCUUAUUUGCAACACGUCAGAAAACGAUGUUAAUUAUGGGUACAGUAUUAAAUAAAAUUAAAAUACAAAUGAAUACAAUGAAACAGUACAACAAAUCGCUGUUCAAAUAA